GUCAGUGCGGACAAAUGAGUCAGAUCAGAUACAUUAUACACAUAACUGCUGCAGCUUCAUUUAAUCGUUGUUUAAAAACCAGACUUUAUCCCCAUGAUCCAUUUAUUGAGAAUUAUCUUUAUUAUACUCAGAACAUUGUUUUCUCCUCAGGGUUGGUUUAUCUCAGCCAAUCAAAAACCUUUAGAUAUUAUGACAAUGUUUAAUCCGGUGGAGUGAGAAGUUCAGUCUGUCAGUAUCUACAGUCUUAACAGCAUAUCAAGUAAUGACUCAAGCCUCUCUGUGGAGGCAUCAUAUAUGAACUUUGAUAAUCUGCAUUGUAGUAAAAAUUGAUUUACAAGUUCUACAGUUACACAGUGAGAUAUCUUAGGCCCUCACAACAUUGAAAAUAUGCCCUGUUAGAAUUUUAAUGAACUUUGUAGUCAAAGGAUUUGGCCUUUACAUCCCACACACAGGUAAAUUAUUAACAUUUAUGUGCUGUGUUUAUACACACAGGUAAAUUAUUACCAUUUAUGUGCUGUGUUUAUAAGUAAGAAGUAUAAUCUUAGCUAUCAUCUUUACUUGUAUCUGAUUCUGAGAUACUCCUGGCAAUGAUUGAUCAGGAUGAGACAUUACUUAAGGAUGGGGUUAGUACAGAUGCUACAAAGCUGAACUGGACACUCUGCCAGUCUGAGGAUGGAGGUGACAAUGUUUUUUCCAUUGUUGCUGCUGAUCUGCUCUCACUCCACAGCUCAGCCUCAACCAGAGUCUGACAAUGAAAUUACUCCUCUUGGAGAUAACCAGACGAGGCAACCUACAAACGUCUCUCUGCACCAACCCACCUGCCCACAGGACAUCCAUGCCGUGCUGAGAGAGAUGAGCGGCUUGUUGGCUGAGCAGAGGGUGGAGCUGAGGCACCUACAGCGAGAGAAUGACGCACAAGCAGCAAAGCUGAGGGAGCUGGAGAAUUUGCCGAGGGAGCUGGAGAAAUUGAACCAACAGGACAAAGCACAAGCAGCAAAGCUGAUGGAGCUGGAGAAAUUGCCAAGAGAGCUGGAGAAAUUGAACCAACAGGACAAAGAACAGGCAGGAGAACUGAUGGCCAUUAAAGCAAGGACAAACGUGACCGAAAACCAGGUGGAGGCUCUGAAGAGAGACACGGAAGUCAAACGCGUGGCCUUCACCGCCGCUCUGGCUUCAGGUACAACAACUAUCGGACCAUUUAAUACACAGACUAAUCUGAUCUUCACACAAGUUAUUACAAAUAUUGGAAAUGCCUACAACCCGAACACAGGUUUUUUCAUUGCACCGGUGAAAGGAGUCUACCACUUUGAGUUCUACAUAGGUGCACAUGGACAUCCUUCACAUCCUUCAGCUGCUUGGUUGGUCAGAAAUGGACACAAUAUUUGUAUUGCAUAUGAGUAUCAGACAAACGGUUAUGGGAAGUCUGCUAAUGGCGCCACGCUGCUGUUAGAGGUCGGAGAUGUUUUGUUUUUGCGUCUGGUGACUAACUCAAGGGUAUAUGAUGAUGGCAGUAACCAUAGCACCUUCAGUGGUCAUUUGCUUUUCACCAUGUGAGGGAAAAAGUCUGGUUUCUUCAACUGUAUGUUACUGUAUUAUCACAAUCUAAAUCUAAAAUGAAUAUAACUGAAUCUUACAUUUCAAAAUAACCAUUUGAAUAAAGCAUAAAUAUAUUGCAGUGAUAUUUAGGGACAUUUCUUUAAUAUAAUCAAACAUUUUAUCAAUUAUUGGUAGAAAAUCAAAUAAACCCUUCACAGCUGUUUGAGUGUCGGAAAUGCCAUGUUGUCUGUUAGAUGUUGUUGUUGUAUUAACAUCAUGACAACUCUCUUGUUUAAAAAAGGUAAUUGUGGCUUGUUUUCAUGUAUUUGUGGUUUAAAUGUGUGUUAGAUGGAUUUGAAUGUAAUCACUAAAAAAUCUGUUUUCCAGAGAACAAGGUGUUAAAAAGAGGAUUUGGUCCGAUAGAAGGUCCAAGAACAAACUGUAUUUGAUUUACUAUAAUGUUAAAAAUGGAAACCCUCACAUUUGAUGAAGUGGAACUGGACUUUGCCUGAUAAACAAUGUCAAUGAUUAA